CUUUCCAAAGGAAUAUUCUGUCCAGUAACCACGCCCUCUCUCUAUAAAUAUUAAUUAGUCUCCCACACCAUUGCAAGGCUUCUGCUCCUUUUAAUUCAUCUUUCCCCUUCCAACCUGAAUCCAAAUUAGCUUAAAUCUCAGAUCCAACUAAGGUUGCAGCUAGGUUGCUCCAUCUGGCCAGCAGGAAGCAGCUAGAGCAAAGGAAGUCGUGCGAGCGAGCGAGCAAGCGAAAGAAAGAAGAAGGAAAUGUGGUUUCUGUUUGUGUGCGAUGAGGAAGAGAGGGAGUUGGGAAGGCAGGAAGCUCCUGGAUCGUGCCCUCACUGUCAAGGCAAAGUGCAGGCCAUGGAUGUUGAGCGGCAGUGGAAGUUCUGUUUUCUGCCCGUCUGCUUCAAGAUCAAGAGGAAGUAUUUCUGUACUUUGUGUGCCAGGCGCUUGGAAUUGAAUUACUAGUGCCUAACCAUGACAGCUUUGCUACUGAUGAUUUCUCCAUGCUUUCUCUUUGUCUCAUAACUUUUAAUCUCUCUCUCUCUCUCUCUCUCUCUCUCUCUCAAAUAGCAUAAGGAAAAAGGGAUUUUUGUAUAUAGGAUUUGUGAUUUAGCGAAUUUCCUUGCUUUUGUUGAAUGGAUGAGGAUUUUGAGUGCCA